CUUGACAUUUAUCAAAGCGCAUUCGAAAUAGUAUGUUACGUGUCAUGUGGGUGCAGCAAAAUUAAAUUUUCGAUUUAAAGACGUAUCUAAGCACGAACUCAGAUACAAAAUUUUGAUGAUGUACUAAAAGGCUCUUCUGGGUUACCUUUUGUUUUUGGUAGUAGCUGCGGUAGUGUUUUUUUUUGAAGUGAAUAUAAACCAUAAAGGCUAAGAAGGUUUGAAUAAAAGUACAUUGGUUCAAAUGCAAUUUGGUAACACGUCAUCGUCAUUGUCUGGAUAAAGUGUGUUGCAACGUGCAAUAUUAAUUUUACCUUUGUCUUUGUCUUGAUGAGCCUUGUACUUUGUUACUUAAUUAUUACCUGCUAUUAAUUUGGUAUGAAUCCCGAAAAACCAAAACCUGAAGUUCCAGCAGGGGCCGGAAGCAGUUGGAGAAAUUCCACAGAUAAUGCCAGAGGCACGCCUAAAUACUUCGGCCCAAGGAGAACUCUUGGCCAGCGGUGGAUACCACCGAGUGGGUCCAAAACUAACAACCAGGAUGCAACAGUUCAGUUGAGACAAACAAAAUCAAUGGGAUUUAAGUUCCUUGAGGAUUUAUCAAACAACGAUCCCGAGAAAAUAAUAUUGGUGUUGAUGAAGGAACGUGAGGGCCUUUUACGUUUAUUGGAAAGAGAAGUUAGCAACGACGUUAUUGUCCUUUUAAUCUCAAUUCUGCGCAAAGUUUGCUUCUCUUCAUUCGAUGAAACAAAAUACAGUGUACUCCAGUCAACCCUCAAUGAAAAAUUCACUAAUAAAAUAAAAACAUUCAUUGCUUGCUUGCCCACACAGGACAAAUUCCAGCGCCGCACAAACUCAUUUUUCUGGAAAAACCCUGUCGAAUUUUGGAUGAAUUUGACCGAUAUUUGCCAAGAUUUGUUAAACACGACCCCAACUUUUGCUUGUAAAAACCUACCAGUUGUACUUAACGCGAUUAAAAUUUACGCACCAAUCAUCGAGGCUGAGCAACAAAUAGAGGUGUCAGACGAAGUUAAAAGAAAAGUUGAAAAAAUGUUACAAGUGAUGCAAACGCUUAAAGAAAGCGAGGAGAAAGAGAAAUCGAAGCAAGACGAAGCAGCGACCACUAACGAACCUCCAGACGACUUCCGCCAAAUUAGUGUUUAUCCAACCCCUGCCGAGAUCGUGGGAGGGCGAGGUUUCCUCCGGGAAAACAUCGUCAAAGGCCCCUACCAAAGCGUAAACCACUAUUUAGACGUCCAGUUUCGGCUCUUACGCGAGGAUUUCGUGGGCCCUUUACGAGACGGCAUAAACAACUAUCGAUCAUCAAGACCAUCAAACGAAAUCGAGAACGUGAAAAUUCACAAAGACGUCUACUUCCUGAAAACGGAAACCAUAAACGAGUUUUAUUGCCUCCGAACUCAGUUCAGCUCCAAGAAGAAAAAGAUCAAUUUUGAGCAGUCGAAACGCUUCAUGUUUGGGUCGUUGCUGUGCUUCACGAAAGACAACUUUCAAACUUUGAUUUUCGGGAGAGUUGCCCAAAGAAAAAUCGAGGACUUGGAUAAGGGCGAAGUAAUCGUCGCUUUCGACGAAAAAAUCAAGGUUGAUUUCAGGGCUGCUUACCUGAUGGUUGAAUGUAGCGUCUACUUCGAGCCGUAUUUUCACGUCCUCACUGUUUUGAAAGGCAUGACUGAGGAGAUGUUUCCGAUGGAGAGGUACAUUAUCCGGGUUCACCCGUCCGUGCAACCCCCUGCAUAUUUAACAGCCCCCAACUGCAAGUACAACAUUGAAGACUAUCGAUUUAACCCUUUGUCAGAGUGGCCCCACGAGGACUUUUACGGUUUGAAUGACUCCCAGAUGGUGGCGUUCAAAGCGGCAAUCACCCAGGAAAUCGCCGUUAUUCAGGGACCCCCAGGGACUGGAAAAACGUAUCUUGGACUAAAGAUAGCACAAACGCAAUUGGAAAACAUGGACUGUUGGUACAAUCAUACACCCAUGCUGGUGAUUUGUUUCACGAACCACGCACUUGACCAGUUUUUGGAGGGUUUGCUUCCAUUUACAAAAGAGAUUAUACGAGUUGGUGGACGGUCCCAAAACGAGAAACUGGAUUCAUACAAUUUGAGAAACAACACUCAGCGAGAUAGCGCUGUUUCAGAAAAACGUUUCCAAGUACAGCUCUGUUUAAGAGAAAUAAAACGCAUCACUGAGCAUUUGAAUCAGAUCGAAUAUUACAACAGGGUUUUGUCUUUUCGUGCUUUUCGAGAAAUUCCGGGUUUUUCUGAUUCGUGGUUUGUACAUGCGUCCAAUCGAGAGGUAGUUCACUGGUUACUCCAGGGCGCAGAUUACGGGCAAGAUUUGUCCAGUAUAAUUGACAAUUUGCAAGUUAUGCAGGCUCAGGAGGAAAUGUACAGAAUUGGCAUCAACGACAAUGAUGAGACUCUUGGAUACGACUUUAAUGAACAUAUAAGUACAAUUGUUGAUUCGACGUUUGAUGUUACUGUUGUAUCACAUAAAGAUGAUUACAUAAUUACCUUGGACUCCAUGCGCAAUUACUUGCAGCAGUACAAAGACAACCUACAUGACCUACAACAGAUACAAAACCCAUCACUCCAGGAUCUUAUACGAGAAGAAGAGUUGCAUUACCAAAUAAUGGUUUUGCAAAACAAAUACGACUACGUCAAACACCAAUUGAGCGACUGGAAAAACAUCCAAGGUGACAUCGAGCCACCACAGAAUAUAGAUUUGCAUGAGCCCUACAAUAUGAAGUUUGAAGACAGAUGGAGGCUUUAUUUUCACUGGCUGAAUUUGCAUAAACAGCGUGAAUCAGACGUUCUGCGGAUGACUUGUGAGGAUUUUCCGGCGAUUUAUAAGGAGUAUGAAGUAAUGCGAGAAAUGGAAGACGUGCAAGUAAUGAAAAAAGCGUUAGUAGUGGGAAUGACGACCACCAGUGCAGCUCGAUUAAGAUCGUCCUUGCAAACUCUGAAAAGCCCGAUUGUUAUUGUAGAGGAAGCGGCUGAAGUUCUGGAAGCCCACAUUGUAACCUCGAUCACCAAACACUGCCAACACUUGAUUUUGAUCGGGGACCAUAAGCAGCUGAAACCAAACACGGCCAAUUAUAGCCUGGAAAAGCAGUACCACCUGGGAAUCAGUCUGUUCGAAAGAAUGAUUCGAAACAAUAUUCACUGUUACACCCUUAACGUGCAGCACCGCAUGCGACCGGAAAUUUCGUCUCUGAUCCGGCCCACAAUUUACGAUUUUUUGGAAGACCAUCCCUCGGUGUACAACAGACCGAAAAUAUCAGGCGUCGACAACUGCGUAUUUUUCAUCGAUCAUACGCACGCUGAGGAAGAGUGCGAGGGUUUGAGCAAAACCAACUUGCACGAAGUCUCGUUUUUUAUUUACCUUGCAAGGCAUUUGAUUUUGAAUGGUUACAACCCUGCAAACAUCACGAUUCUGGCGGCUUAUUUGGGCCAGUUUUUUGCGUUCCAGAGGGAGAAGAGGGAGCAUAAGGACUUGCUGAAGGACGUCAGGGUUGCUGUUUUGGAUAAUUACCAAGGAGAGGAGUCGGAUAUCAUUCUUCUUUCGUUAGUUCGAAAUAACAAUGAAAAUAAAAUUGGUUUUCUAAAAAUCGAAAACCGUGUAUGCGUCGCUCUUUCGAGGGCCAGGAAUGGGUUGUAUAUAAUGGGAAAUAUGACGCAACUGUGUUUUGAAAAUAAACUUUGGCGCAAAAUCAAAGCGAGUCUUGAGCAACAAAAGGCUCUCGGGACUGAAUUACCUCUCAGGUGUCAAAUUCACCAGGACCAAGUCACGCAUGUGAAAUCUGAGAGUGAUUUCUUUUCGGUUUCUGAAGGCGGUUGCAAUAAAAAGUGUGGCGCGGAGCUGAAGUGUGGUCACAACUGCAACUACUUGUGCCACAUUCGGGACAGGAGCCACAUGAUUUACAAAUGCCAAGCAGAAUGUAAAAAGAAUUUGUGCGACAAAGACCCAGCACAUCUCUGCAAGAAAAUGUGUUUUGAAGAUUGCGGUCUUUGCGAUUACCUAGUCCACAGAGUUUUAGCUUGCGGUCACGAAGCUAACAUCCAAUGCCACAUUGAUCCAGAAAUCUACAAAUGCGAAAUUUUGGUUUCAACCGAAUUGCCUUGUGGCCACAUGGCUGACAAACCCUGCUUUUCCAAUCCUGUAACUUUCAGGUGUCCACACAUUUGCGAUGUUCAAGUACAGCCUUGUGGUCAUGCAUGCGAAUUAUUAUGCCACAUCCGUAAAGAUCCUGACCAUUUAGAAUAUAAGUGUCAGAAACCUUGCACCCGAUUUAUGAAAUAUUGCACCGUCAAUGAUGAGGAUCAUAGAUGCAGGAAGAAGUGUUUCGAAGACUGCGACGUUUGCACAGUUGUUGUAAGAAAGAAGAGAACUGUGUGCAACCACUAUUACGACGUCCGUUGCUGUGAAGAUGUGGACGACAUCGACUGUGAAAAACCUUGUGCUAAGAUGCGAAACUGUGGCCACCCUUGCAAACGCAAGUGCAAUGAACCUUGCCAAGAGUGCCAAAUCAAGGUGACUAAAAUCCACCCCAUCUGCAACCAUCCCGUGAAGAUGAAAUGCUGCGAGAAGCCUGAUCGCAAGUACUGCAACAAAAACUGUCCUUUGACACUGCCUUGUGGCCACCCUUGCACCAAAAAGUGUAACGAGCCCUGCACCCCCGCCUGUGGUGUCCUGGUGGACUGUUCGGGCACCGAAGCGGAAUGUGGCCACCUGGUGACCAGAAUGGAGUGCCACAUGGCCACAUCUUCCGUCGACCCCAAACGUCUAAUACACUUCUGCAACGCUCCCUGCAAACAAGAGCUAAAAUGUGGCCAUUUGUGCUCGGGCUCCUGCGGUGAGUGCCACCAAGGCCGCAUCCACAAGCGAUGCUCGCAAAAAUGUGGGGCCCCGUUGGUGUGCGACCACCCUUGCGAUAUCCCCUGCAGACAGGCCUGCAGACCCUGCAGACGGGUCUGUUCCUACACUUGUGGGCACAGCAUUUGCAAAAAGAAGUGCGGCGAAGUCUGCACGUCUUGCAAAGAGCCGUGUUUGAGGCGGUGCCCCCACCAGUGGUGCACUAAGCUGUGUGGGGAGCGCUGCAGUGUGCCCCCAUGCACGCAACCGUGCCAGAAGGCGCUCAAAUGUGGGCACUUGUGUAUUGGUUUUUGUGGGGAUCCGUGUCCGCCAAAGUGUUUGGUGUGCGACAAGGAGGCGUUGCUUGAAGUGUUCUUUGGAACGGAAAGUGAAGACGCCAGAUAUGUUCUACUGAACGACUGCAAACACAUUGUUGAAAAUGAGGGCAUGGAGCACUGGCUCAAACAAAACGAGUUUCAGAUUAGUUACAAAUUGUGUCCAAUGUGCAAAACUGCGAUUAAAACCACUCAGCGGUACCGGGAUUACAUCAAAAUGGCCAUCAAAGAUGUGGCUCAAGUGAAGAUCAAAGCGAACGGGAGUCCUGCCGAAAUCAGGGAAAAAACUGACAAAAUCAAAGAAACUUUACAAGCCUUGGAAACCAAAUGUAGAUUACUUAAAAUGUACUGCGGACCCAUCACAGACGUGUUGAGGUCCCUCAAGUCACGAAUUCAACAGUCCAACAAGGGCAAGAGACAACACUUGAACAUUUUCGAUGUCCAGUCCCUUAUGGCGAAGCUGCAAAUAGUAGUCCACAUUGCUAACAUUUGCUGCAACGAGAAAGUAAUUGUGGAAACACUGCAUGAAAUUUUUUUCCCGCAAGUGUCCCUCAUUGUCGAAAUUCUGAUGCGAGACGUGGACAUAACAAAUCAAGAAACAAGCGAUUUGAGUUACGAAAUCAACAGACUGUCGCGAAUUGUGGAUUUCAGCUGCCUUCAAAAAACCCCACAAUUUUCCUAUCAUAAAGCCAACAAUGCGACUGCCAAAUCAUUGAUAAGCACUGUGGAAAAUAAGCUUUUUUCUUGCCAGAAAUUUACAAACGAGACCAACGAUUUGUUGAAGGAUUGUUUAAGGGAAUUGAACGAUGUUAUGAAAUCGGGACUGGCUAUUUCGGAUCAGGAAAGAAGAGAAAUUUUGCAGGCUAUGGGUUUUAGUAAAGGGCACUGGUACAAGUGUCCCAAUGGGCACGUCUAUGCUAUUGGUGAAUGUGGGGGCGCUAUGCAGGAAGCAACGUGCAAUGAGUGCGGGGCUCGAAUUGGAGGCUCCCAGCAUAGACUUCUGGAGAAUAAUGCUGUGGCCACUGAAAUGGAUGGGGCUGUUCAUGGGGCUUGGACCAUCGCAACUAAUUUUCAUAAUUAUGCUCUAUGAUAAACUAAGUGGAAUUUUAAUUACAUGUAUUUUAUCAGUAAUCCAAAACUUUUUUUUUACAAUGUAUCUGCUAAAUACUAAAAAAUGAUGUGUUCGUAAUGUAAUUUGUUCUAAUAAAGAAAUUUAAGCAAUA